AAAACCUAGUGCACCAAAUGCUCAGCUGGCGGUACUGACGUCAUUUUGUUGUACCAUUCCUUUCAAUAGUCAACAUGGCGGCGGCCAGGAGGAACAAACGCGUGGCGGCCACCCAGCCUGGCUUUUUAAAACUUAAUUCUAGUCUGGACCACAGUGAGUCGAAUAUCCGGAGAAAGCGUGUCAACAAAAAUAAGAAAAAAAACUGGAACAAACACAGCGACAUACAAGAUGUUGAAGAGUUCCUAGACGAUGUUAGACUACAAGAAAGAUCCACAGGUGGACUGAUAUCAGAAAAGUCAGAUGACAACUUGUUUUUUGUGGACACUGGUGAACAUGCCAAAAAUAUCCAGAAAGUAGAAGGAGCAGAGAAGACGGGCAGAGGGUCCAGGCCCCUGAGGAUAGACCUCAUCCUGCAGCACGACUCCCUCGUCCCCCCGCCCAAAGAUGUUUUGGCUCACCAGCUGCCAAACGCGAAGAAACUUCGACGCAUCGCCCAGAGGGCCGAGCAGCUGGCCGCCAAGGGCGUGCUGCCACGCAGACAGAAGCUGCUUCUGAGACGGAAAGUGGCAGCAGGGUCAAAGGCCAAAGAGCGGCCCCCAGCCAAUAACCAUCCAGAAAGGCCCUUCUACGACCUGUGGGGGGAACAGAGUGAAGUGACUGCGGACCCCUAUUACCUGGAACAGACGAAGAAGAAGCUGGUGAAGAGACCAGACAAGCUGAACCAGAAGCCGUCCGAAUUGCCGGCCGUGGAAGUUAUCGCACCAGGAGGCUCCUACAACCCCGAGUUCUUCUCCCACCAGGCGCUGCUGCUUCAGGCCCAUGAGGUGGAGGUGAAGAAGCAGAAGGAAGAGCAGAGGGUGGAGCGGCAGUUGGCCGUCCGGCGGGAGGACAAGGCUACAGAGGAAACAGUGUUCCAGGAGCAGGUGGAAGGCCUGCUGGAAGAAGAGGAAGAGGAGGAGCCUAUGAAGGAAGGGGAGGAGUCUGCGCAAGGCAAACCAGUCCGUCAGAAGAGAGCCUCUCGAGAGAAGAAGACUGAGAAACAGAGGAAGAGGGCAAAGACGGAGAAGGAGAAGGAGCAGCAGAGGAGGGCAGAGCAGGUGGUGACGGGCAGGAAGCAGCAGCUCUUUCAGCUGCGCUCCAUCCGGGCGGAGCUGAAGAGGAGGGAGCAGCGCACCAGGGAGCGGCAGACCCAGCGCCACGCCCGGAAAGAGGCCCAGAAGAGCCUCCCCCGCCGCCUCGGCAGGCUGAAGUUCCAGGCUCCUGAUCUGGAGGUGCAGCUAAGUGAUGAGAUCCCAGGCUCCCUGCGUCUCCUCCGGCCAGAGGGCAGCAUCCUCAAGGACCGCUUCAAGAGCCUGCAGAAGAGGAACAUGAUUGAGCCCAGAGAGAGAGCCAAGUUCAAGAGGAGACACAAGCUGAAGUAUGUGGAGAAAAGAGCCUUCAAGGCCAUCACCUGAAGACAAGACCAACCCCCCUCCCCCCACCACAUGCUGUCCAAUCUCACUGCUACCGCUCUCUGGAAAAUAAAUGUCUAUCUGAACCACAA